AUGUAUAUGAUUCGGAAAGGUGCCCCUUUCUCAACUACAGCGGAUCCAAGCGUGCUGAAGGCCUCUGGCGGUCAAGCAGUGCAACUUCUUGGCAACAUCCGGAGUAUCUGGAAGGAACUGCACAGCUCUCCAGGAUACGCCAAUACCCGUGUGGGUGUGGCCAGUCGAUGCGAUCAUCCAGACUGGGGCCGUGAGUGCCUGCGCAAAUUUAUGAUUGAGGAUGGCGUGUCCAUGUGGGAUGUUGCCGAGGGGGGUGAGCUUGUGGAGAUUUUCUUCAGCAGUAAGCGGGAGCACUUCAGACGACUUGCUGCAAAGACUGGCGUGGCGUUUGAGGAUAUGCUUUUUUUCGAUGAUGACCCAUCGAACAUCCAGGAUGUUUCGCAGCUGGGUGUGACCUGCAUCGAGACCCCCGAGGGAGUGACAGCUGAAGCCUGGGAAGAAGGCUUGAAGCAGCACUCAAAGCGAAAGGCUGAUGCCUCGCGAAGAGCGUGCUGA